AAUAUUCGAUUUGUACCUACCACAACCACCCUUUGUAGUUUCCACCUGACACUUCCAAACACCUUCUUUCUCUCUUUCUUUCUGCUCUAUCUGUUGUUUCUCUGUUAGUUUUUGUUUUUUUGGGUGUUUGUUAAAAUCUGUAUACCAUUUUACCUUAGAAAUUAGAGAGGGAAAGUGAUAGUGUAUCAGUGGCUAAGUUAAAGGACUACGUGAUGGGAGAGGAGGAAGCCAAUAAAAUGGAAGCCUCUGAACCCAAGGAGGACAUGCAGCAGCAGCCACAGCCACAGCCUGUUAAGGAAGAAGAGAUGGAGAAUGAAGAUGAAGCAGGUGCAGAGAAGAAGAGUGUGAUCAUCCCUCUUCCUCAAAAAGUUGCAGCAGCAGAAACACCACCAUCAGUUACAGAGAAAAGUCCAAACAACAGAGAUUCCGUGCUUGCUCGAGUUGAGACAGAAAAAAGACUAGCUUUAGUUAAAGCAUGGGAGGAAAAUGAGAAGGCAAAAAUAGACAACAAGGCAUAUAAGAAGAUAUCUGCUAUUGGAUCAUGGGAGAAUACCAAGAAAUCUGCUGUAGAAGCACAGCUAAAGAGCAUUGAGGAAAAACUGGAAAAGAAGAAGGAAGAAUAUGCAGAGAGAAUGAAAAACAAAGUGGCUCAACUCCAUAAACAAGCUGAAGAAAGAAGAGCGAUGAUCGAAGCCAAGAAAGGUGAAGAUUUUCUCAAGAUAGAGGAAACAGCAGCCAAGUUUCGUUCAACUGGAUAUACACCAAAGAAAUUUCUUGGCUGUUUCGGUAGUUAACAUCCUCAACUAAUGUUUCAUAUAUAGGACACAUUUUUCUUCCUGGAAUUUAGUUUGAUUCUUUGCCUAUGUUUUCUUAUUACUUUUCCCCUUGUUGGUUUGUAAUUGUCAAAGACAUUCUAAUAUUGGUUUUUAAUCAUUA